AUGUCCGCUCCGCGGCCCUCCACCAACACCAUCAACGGAGGCACACCCGCCGGCGAUGAAGUCGCCGAAGCGGUAUACAGCUUUAAGCUGCUCGAGGCGCUGAGAAAGGGCGACCAGCAGGCACUCAUCCCGCUCCUCCAGCCCACUCACGCCAGCCAGAACCAUCUUGCAAAGGAGAGCACAUCCCCGCUCCACCUCGCCGUCCGCUGCGCCGACUUCAACAUCAUCUCCUUCCUCCUCAACUACAAGACCAUCGACAUCAACGCCACAGAGUCACAGCACGGCAACACCGCUCUCCACAUCGCCGCCGCUUCCGGCCGCGACGACGUCGUACAGCUCCUCCUCGAACAGCACGACAUCGACGACUCGAAGCGCAACAACGACAACAGAGACGCUCUCGAGGUCUCCAAAACUCCCGAAGUCGCUCAGCUCAUCCAGGUCAGCCGUGCACAGCUCAACGUCAAAUACGUCGAUCUCCUCUCCGCCUACGAACAGGACACCCAGGCAGCAGAGCAAGCAAUCCACGCCCUCCUCGACCUCCCGCGCUACUCGGUCAUCGACCUCAACGCACACGGCGCCAACGGUUCCACCCUCCUCCACGAGGCCGUCCGCCGCAAAGAUACCCGCAUGAUCGAAACCGCCGUACGCAAGGGCGCAGACGUCUAUGCACGCGACCGUCGUGGCAAGCGCGUCGGCGACGUCACAAAGGACGAAAAGGUCAAGGCGCUCCUCCGCCAGCUCCACAACGCAGACGCCGCUCGCGCCAGCCAGGCCGCACACUCCGGUCAGCCCCCUUCCUUCAAGGGCUACCUCGGCAAGUGGACCAACAUCGCACACGGCUACAAGACGCGCUGGUUCGUCCUCGAGGACGGCAUCCUCUCCUACUACCACAGCCAGGACGACGAGGGCAAGCAGUCGCGCGGCGCCAUCAACAUGCGCUACGCAAAGAUCCGCGCAGACAACAACGACAAGCACCGCCUCGAAAUCAUCAGCGAAACCGGAAAGGGCGUCUCCAAGCUCUACCUCCGCGGCACACACCCCGUCGAACGCGCACGAUGGGUGCAGGUCCUCCAGCAGACCAAAGAGUACUUCAGCCUCGAGCGACAGACCAGCCGCGCAGACAGCUUUUACCGCCAGCGCGCUCCCUCCACCUCCUCGCUUCACAACGGUGCUUCCGCGACCGCUCCGCUCGCCAACCCUGCAGGCAUCGUCCGUCCCUCCUCCACUGCACCGCUCGCCAACCCCGCCGGCAUCGUGCGUCCCCCCUCCGCCGCUCCGAGCGAAAAGGGCAGUCGCGCUCUGCUCUCCAUCAAGUCGCCCACCACUCAGCCUCCCUCGGGCGCCCCCAGCGAGCGCUCCCUCCAGCUCGCCAACCGCAGCCCCAGCAUCCUCAGCCGUCUCUCCAGCGACGGCCGCCUGGACGACGAGAACGAGAACGGCGCCACCGGCGGCGCCAUGCCCUUCGAGUCCGAGUUCCCCCUCACCGCAGAGGCGCUCAAGGCACAGGCCGAGGCCAGCCAGCGCCUCGUCGAGACUCUUCUGGGCGCCGGCGCUGUGGCUGCUCCCGCCGUCUCAUCCGCGCGCAACUCGUCCGACGAGGCCAGCGCCGCCGCCGCCAAGUCGAGCCGCUCCAAUCGCUCCUCGAGCGCAUCCGUUUCCGGCAACAACGCCGAUGCCGUGCGUUCGGCGCUCGACGCAGCCGUACGCAGCAACUUCCAGCUCGUCGAGCGCUACCAGGCCAUGGUCGCCGCUCGCGAGACGUACAUGACCAAGCGCUACGAGCGCGAGCUCCAGAUCAAGCACCUGUGGGAAGAAAACAUGGCCGUCCUUGCACAGCAGCAUGCAGAGAUGGAGGCACAGCUCAAGGAGGCCGCCUCAGAAAACGCGCGCAGGCGCAAGGCGUUGCGCGAGGUGCGCGAGACCAUGGGCUCCUCGCCCGGCUCCAUGAUCUCGCCCUCGCUCGGCCCCUCGGCCUCGACGGGGUCCGUGCUGCACAACCCGGAGCCCCGCCGCCAGUCGACCAUGCUCAGCAACACGUUCGAAUACAUGCGCCCGGACAAAAAGUACCGCUACUACUCGGAGCAGGUGUCGCACCACCCGCCCAUCUCGGCGUGCUUUGCGCAGUCGCCCACCUGGGAGUACAUGGGCUGCGUCGAUGCCAAGUCCAAGUUCCUCGGACGCACGUUUGAGAUCCGCCCGACGGGCGUGGCGCACGUGAACCUCAAGGUGCCCAAGAAGUGGGUGCGCUCGGACAAGGAGCUCAAGCCGGCGCAGAUGCUGCAGGACCACGUGCUGGAGCACUACACCUGGAACAAGGUCACCACCUCGGUGUCGGGCUUUAUCGUGGGCAGUCCGACGAUCGACCACUUUGGCGACAUGGAGGUCACCAACCACGCCACGGGCGACCGGUGCGUGCUGACGUUCAAGCCGCGCGGCUGGCGCGGCAAGGAUGCGUUUGAGAUCCGCGGCAGCGUGUACGAUGCGCAGGGCAAGCUGUGCUGGGACAUUGCAGGCCGCUGGAACUCGCAGCUGGUAGCGCGCAAGGUGGGUGCCGGCUCGGGCGAUCUGAAUCCGGACCAGAGCGUCGAGGCGCCCGACGGCCAGAUUGCGGUGGCGCAGCCGCUGGCCGAGUAUCUGCUGCUGUGGCGCAACUCGGACAAGCCGCCGACGCCGUUCAACCUGACGCCGUUUGCCAUCACGCUCAACUCGUGCCCGGACGACCUCAGGCCGUGGCUGGCGCCCACCGACUGCAGGCUGCGCCCCGAUCUGAGUGCGUUCGAGAGCGGCAAGUUUGACCAGGCCAACGACCUCAAGCAGAAGCUCGAGAACCACCAGCGCGAGACCAGGCGCAAGCGGGAGCAGGGCGAGCUGCCGCCACACGAGCCGAGGUGGUUCAAGCGCACCACGGACCAGGAUACCAAGGAGACGCUGUGGCAGCCAGUACCUGCGCCGCCCAACUCGGGUCCUGGCGGCAAGGAGACCACCUCUUACUGGGCCGAGAGGCACCACGUCGGUUCCAAGAAGAAGGAGGGCCAGCAGGCGGACUGGAACAACGUCUACCACAUCUUUGGUGACUUUGAGAUCGUAUUGGUCAUGACGAGUGUCAACACGGCGCCGGUACCGCUGCCUAGCGUAGGCAAGCAGCUUAUCGUGUUUGAUUUCGACUGGUCGUUGGUCGAUCAGGAUACGGAUCGAUGGGUGCACGAGGUGCUUUGUCCCGAGCUGCGUGCCGAGUUGCAGCGACGCAAGAAGGGCGAGCAGUUUACGGAUCUGUGUGCGGACCUGCUGCUCAAGCUGCAUGCGCGCGGCGUGACGCCCGACGAGCUGCGCGAUGCACUGCGUCUGUUGCCCUUCCACCCGGGUGUCAAGCGCGCCAUCUCGACCCUCAAGCAGACCGCCCAGCCCAAUACGACGCUCUUCCUGCUGAGCAACAGCAACACGGUCUACAUCAACACCAUCCUCGCCCACCACAACCUCGAGGGCCUCUUUGACGAGAUCGUCACCAACCCUGCCCACUUCACGCCCGAGGGUGCGCUCAAGCUCGAGCGACGCAUUGCACCGUCGGCGGUGCAGCACACUUGCAGCGUCGGGUGUUCGGCCAACAUGUGCAAGGGCGACGAGUUGGAAGCGUUCCUCGAGCGCCAUGGUGGACGCGACGCCUUUGACCGCAUCAUCUACGUCGGUGAUGGCGGCAACGACUACUGCCCCGUCAAGAGGCUGCGCACGAGCGACCUGGCGUUUGUGCGCAAGUUCCGCGGCCUCCAGACGCGUAUCGCGCGCGAGGCCGGCGUCAAGGCAGGCAUCAAGUACUGGAACGGCGCAUGGGAACUCGAGGGCUAUCUCAACGAAGCGCGUGGCGUCCCUGCGCUCGACUACUAG